CAGAUAUUGGCUCAAUCACGUGGGCAUCCCUGGCCCUGGUAGAGCGCAUGCAGCCAGCUGACAUAACUGGCAUGUUGUUCCCGCUUUGGCUCUUCAUAUAUCCAGUCAACUUAUCAACUGAGCGGAUGCCCCAUUCAGCACCAGCCCCAGCCCCAGUUAGCAGAAUCUGCAAGAUCCAGAGACACACCAGAAGCCUCCCCAUGCGACCCUUUGCCGUUUUGCGCAGCUUAGAAGCUUCGACCGACUAGCCAGGGUCAUUGAAUGCCUGCUCCUCCGCUGCCGAACUCUUUUUUUCCCAUCGUCUUGAUCGCGGUCGCCACUGGAUGCACGUUGAAUCAGAAUCUCCCAGAGAUCCCCAUUCAUCUGGUCUCUUCAGCAAUCGUCAGACAGAGGUUGCCCCUCCUUUCCAGCUCCAGGACGAAUAAAACCCCUCCGGCCAAUCCGGUCCCAGGUGGCCAUUAUUAAUCAUUCAUGAUGAAUCUACUCACGCGCAAGACUUCGAGCAAGUCGCUCGCGGAGAAGGAGAACAGAGGGAGAGGUCCCACGGGCCAGGGUGCUGGUACAGCGGAGCGGGUUGCGGAAGACACCAAACCGUCACUGUUUCGCCGGCUGAGCAGGAAGACCAGCCGAUCGAGAGAGAGGGAGCCGCACGCUCAGAAUGAGACGUCGAUUCCACAGCCGACCGAGGCGCGCCAUGAGCGCAAGGCAGUGACUGACGAUGUGGGCGACAAGAUCAUGUCCUCAAAGGUCGCCGAAGUCCUGCCAGAGCUCGGUCACGCCGACACCAAAGGAAAGCAUUCCAUGAAAAUGAACCCGUCGACGCAUGCAGAGAAGACCGAGACGCCCCAUCCCAUGGACCCAGCCACGGAGAAGAAGAUUGCCUCGUUACCCAGGAGGAAUUCCGAGAGGCUGCAAACAGAUGCCGAAGCAGAGGAGCAUCCCAAAAGCAACCACCGCCCUGCAGGCUUGACUAAAGAAGACGUCGAGCAUCUCUUUUCCGGUGCGCCUCAGUUUGUCCUCGAGAAGGGCCGGAGGGGCCGCUUUUUCCCCCAAUCGUUUUUCCCCUGGAACAAUGACCUAGAGAUCUCUGAUCUCCAGGAUCGGAGAUAUAUCAAGCAUGAAAGCUUCGCCCUCGCAACGUUACAUGCCCACUUGCCCAUCCCUGAUGAAGUCAACUGGAAACCAGGCAUGGCGGCCCCGGUGAAGAAGCAGGGUCUCGAGCUGGGAAAGCGGCCAAUGUUUGAGCUCGGAAUCUUUGAACGACCGAACAUGCUGGGCAUCGAAGGUCGGGAGCCCGGCACCGUAGGUAUGCGGUAUUUCCUCGAAAGACCUGUUGCGGACGGCAUGACAGACGAAAAGAUCAAGGAGCACGGCAAGGACGUCGAGAUUGAUCUAGCCAUCGCAAACGCACCCGCGAUGGAGGCCUUCAAGAUGCUCGCCCUGAGCAAAGAUAAUGAGGAACUGAAUGCGAAAAUCGGCAAGCAUGCCCCCGCCCAGGAGCGAACUAGAUUGAUCAAAGAAGGUUCUCACGCGUGGAAAUCAGUAGGUGUUCGCGAUAUCAGCAUGGAAGUCCUGGCGGAGAGGAUGGAUCAAAUUGGCGACUUGCGCGAUCAGGUCCUUAAUGCGGGCUGGCGAGUCACGGUCCUCAAUCACAUCGACGCUGCGGAUCUCUAUGCUCAUCUCUUCAAUGAGCUGCUCUAUCCCCCCCACCGGGUGCCGUCGGAGGCAAAACACGGCAAGACAUCUCUGAAGAUCCAAAUUGAAGCAUUGGUCAAGGUUCUCACCACGCCUGGCGCGUGGCUCGAUCUGAGCGUCCCCGAGUCGCGAUUGCGGUUCGGCAAAAUCCUACACAGCCGGACGACGCGGCGCGACCACGACACCGGCCUGCUGGUCAUUGACCCGGAGCGCAAGUGGCUGCUCAUUCAGCUCCUCCUGGCGGUGGAAUUGGUCAUUCGCCUCGACGCCGCUCUCAGAUUGGGCGUGGCACUCCAUGCGGACCACUUUGAGAUCAGCAGCGAGGAAAUUCACCAUUUCAAUAAACUUCGCAACCUCAAGGUCGAUUGGGAUCUUGUGGCGGCCAGACGAUUUCUGUUUCUCUCCUACGUCAAGAGAAUCGAAAGGAGGGACUCAACUCCAGUAUCGCCAGUCCAUACACUGGAGCGACCUCUGACUCUCAGGCAAAGAUCUUCGAUCGAGCAUCAACUAUCUCGCGAGCAGCGGCCGGCGCAUCUCAGGCAGAAGUCUUCGGCCGAUCACCACCAUGGACUGUUCGGCGAACUCAGACACAAGAUGGGGUUGGACAGAUCGGAAUCUGAAUCACAUGUUGUGCUCGAUCCCUGCGACGUGGCCAUCAUGGCUCGACAGCCGGCGGUAAUGGUCGACGGCCUCUUCCGCUUCGCCACGAACAUCGGGUGGCCACGAAGCGAGCAGCUUCACGACUCCCUGAAGCACAAGCUGUGCACGGCUUCUGUGGAAGAGAGGGAGAAGUUGCUCAUGGAUGCAAUCGUGUGUCCUGACGACAACACGGCUACGACCAACGCUGUCAACUUGACUCCGUCGCUUCAAAGUUUCAACGUCGAUCUACACGCCGCUACCCCCACCACCGUUGGCGGCUGGCUCUCACACUGCUGGCUCUCGGGCCUGAUCCUCCCGGGCACCUCGAUCUGCGAUAUCCUGAUGUCCACGCUCCUCGAGAACGACCCCAACCCGCAGACGCUACGGGAUCUCGGCUCCGCCAGCCUGUCCCUGCGAGGAUCGGGAUUCAUCCUCGACGGCUCCUCGUGGUGGUCCAAGUCCUGCAUCGUGGGACGAGUCAUGGCGCCCAUGCGCGGAGCAAAGGAGUCUAUGGGCUGGAUCCACACGCCCAACUUCGUGCCCGUGCAUGAAAACACCCGGGAGCCGCUCAGCAACCGCUGGCUGAAGAUCAAAUCGUUCCCUGUCCCCACGGAUCGCGACCGGCCUAGGAUAUUCGACGGCGACCGACUGGCCGAGGAUUCGACUCCGCUGGGCAAGGGCAAAGGAGGGAUCAUGGGAACCGAGUUCAGCAUGGUGACGGACCACGUAUUGGACGAUGCAAGCACGCCCGAAGUCACCAUCAAGGAUAUCAAGGUCCACCUAUCCAGUUCGGACGUCACACUGGCGUCGGCAGAGCACCCGUUGUCGGCAUGGGCUCAGUUCGAUCUCAUACUCGCACCGCCUACAAGACCACCAUCUCCAUCCCAUCCAUCGUCAGCCGACGUGCCGGCCAUCGAGACGACACCGCUCCAGAUCCGCUACGGCCUCGAUCGCGCCGUAUAUUUCGUCACCUCGCACCCGUGCCGCCUGCCCCACGGCCACGCCACGUUCAAGGCCGGCUCGCUGGACGCCUAUUACGAACAACAACACCCGAAGCACGUAAAGGGCGUGGCGGAACACAUCCCUGCCCAUCCACUGCACAAGACGUAUCGCUACGUGACCAAGACACUGGCGGAACUGGUACAGAAUCCGGAGGUGGACCCCCCGAACCCGACGAGGAUGGGCGAGGAAGGAGUCUGGAUCAUCGACGCACGAAGCCACGGCUGUUCGCCACACAGCUCCCAGACGUGGCUAGCAGGCGAGACACCCACGCCGUCUGCGACAGAGGCCGAAGAAGCAGCCGCUCCCGGCGGCGCCGGCGCCGGCGGCCCCGUCACCUCUCCCAAAGUCCACCUCGACUACCUCCAGCACUACCUGCACGGAAGCACCGACCCGCAACUGUGGAAGAAGGACAUCCUCGUGCGGGCGUGGUGCGCCGAAAAGGGCCGCAACGCCAUCGUCGCCCGAGCCGGGCGCACGUGCCUGUCCUGCGCGAUCCGCGAGGCCAAGGCGCUCGAGAUCUCGGUCAUCAUCAGGGUCGGGAUCAAGGAGUGAGCCUUACCUUUUGCCGUCUCUUUCUCCUAGCUGUGCGUGGGUGACGGGGUGCCACGGCCCCCGGACGGAGUGGGUGUGUGGGUGUGGAGGACUCUGUUGUUGAUCGAGGACCUUAGGCGUUCAAGGAAAAAGACGCGGCGGGCCUCUUCGCGCGAACCAAAGGAGAAGGUGGACAAGACAAGCCAAAAGCCGGGUCGAGGCUCAGGUCGAGGCAAAAUGGGAGGAGAAACAGAAAAGAGAAUCUAGGGGGGGGGGGUGGUU